GUCCCUCCACGCCUGGACUGGGCCGUGGGGGAGGGAGGCGGUUAGUGUGCUUUAGCGCCUUUCCUGACGGCGGUAGAUUUGAAGCGCUUUACGGGGGCCGGGCCGGGAGACGAGACGUCGGUGGCGGUGCAGGCUGUAAUAUGGCGGCAGCGACGGCGGCCUCGGCGCCCGGGAGCUAGGUGCGUUUUGGAUGCUGCUUCUCCACCGGGAGACCGAGCGCUGCUGCGCUACGGAGCAAAAGGAUUGGCUCAAUUGUCCUUGUCUGCUUGCCUGAAACUGUAUCAUAUACACUUACAGACUGAAGUGUUGGAACCAUGGGAAUAAAGGUCCAGCGUCCUCGAUGUUUUUUUGACAUUGCCAUUAAUAAUCAACCUGCUGGAAGAGUUGUCUUUGAAUUAUUUUCUGAUGUAUGUCCCAAAACGUGUGAGAAUUUUCGUUGUCUUUGUACAGGUGAAAAGGGGACAGGGAAAUCAACUCAGAAGCCAUUACAUUAUAAGAGCUGUCUCUUUCACAGAGUUGUCAAGGAUUUCAUGGUUCAGGGUGGUGACUUCAGUGAAGGGAAUGGAAGAGGAGGAGAAUCUAUUUAUGGAGGAUUCUUUGAAGAUGAAAGUUUUGCUGUUAAACACAACAAAGAAUUUCUCUUAUCAAUGGCCAACAGAGGGAAGGAUACAAAUGGCUCACAGUUCUUCAUAACAACGAAACCAACUCCUCAUUUAGAUGGGCAUCAUGUUGUUUUUGGGCAAGUGAUCUCUGGCCAAGAAGUUGUCAGAGAGAUUGAAAACCAGAAGACAGACGCUGCUAGCAAGCCGUUUGCUGAGGUGCGGAUACUCAGUUGUGGGGAACUGAUCCCAAAGUCUAAAGUCAAGAAAGAAGAAAAGAAAAGGCAUAAGUCAUCGUCGUCGUCAUCAUCCAGUGAUUCAGACAGCUCAAGUGAUUCUCAGUCCUCCUCGGAUUCUUCUGAUUCUGAAAGCGCUUCUGAAGAAAAAUCCCGAAAAAGAAAAAAGAAACAUAGGAAAAACUCCCGAAAACAUAAGAAGGAAAAGAAGAAGCGAAAGAAAAGCAAGAAGAGCCCAUCUAGUGAAAGUGAAGCGGAAAAUCUUGAUGCGCAGCCCCAGUCUACCGUCCGUCCAGAAGAGAUCCCUCCUAUACCAGAAAAUAGAUUCCUAAUGAGAAAAAGUCCUCCUAAAGCUGAUGACAAGGAAAGAAAAAACAGAGAGAGAGAAAGGGAAAGAGAGUGUAAUCCACCUAACUCCCAGCCUGCUUCAUACCAGCGACGAUUCUUAGUUACUAGGUCUGGCAGGAAAAUUAAAGGAAGAGGACCAAGGCGUUAUCGAACUCCUUCCAGAUCCAGAUCAAGGGAUCGUUUCAGACGAAGUGAGACUCCUCCACAUUGGAGACAAGAAAUGCAGAGAGCUCAAAGAAUGAGGGUGUCGAGUGGUGAAAGAUGGAUCAAAGGGGAUAAGAGCGAGUUAAAUGAAGUAAAAGAAAAUCAGAGGAGCCCAGUUAGAGUAAAAGAGAAAAAAGUAACUGAUCACAGACACAUGUCUGAGAGUCCAAACAGAAAAAUAGAAAAGGAAAAGAAAGUUAAAGACCAUAAAUCUGAAAGCAAAGAGAGAGAGAUCAGAAGAAAUUCAGAAAAAGAUGAUAAAUAUAAUAAAAACAAAGUGAAGAAAAGAGGCAAAUCAAAAAGUAGGAGUAAGAGCAAAGAGAAAUCCAAGAGUAAGGAAAGAGAAUCAAAGCAUAACAGACAUGAAGACAAGAGGAUGAGGUCAAGAAGUAAAGACAGGGAUCAUGAGACUAUUAAAGAAAAAGAAAAACAGUUGGAUUCUAAAGGGAAAGAUCAGGAAAGGAGUAGAAGCAAGGAGAAUUCUAAACAGGUAGAAUCAAAAAGCAAUGAGCAUGAUCCUAGCAAAAGUAAAGAAAAGGAUAGACGUGCACAGUCUAGGAGUAGAGAACGCGACCUAACUAAAAGUAAGCACAGUUACAACAGUAGAACGAGGGAGCGAAGCAGAAGCAGGGACAGGAGCAGAAGAGUGCGCUCUAGAAGCCAUGACAGAGAUCGCAGCAGAAGCAAGGAGUACCACAGGUACAGAGAACAGGAGUAUAGGAGAAGAGGAAGGUCACGGAGCCGGGAUCGAAGAACUCCAGGACGAUCGAGAAGUAAAGACAGGAGGAGGAGAAGGAGGGAUUCUCGGAGCUCAGAAAGAGAAGAAAGUCAAAGCCGAAACAAAGAAAAAUACAGAGGCCAAGAAAGUAAAAGUUCACACAGAAAAGAAAAUUCUGAGGGUGAAAAAAGAAUGUACUCUAAAAACCGUGAUCAUAAUAGCUCAAGUAAUAACAGGGAAAAAAAGGCGGAUAGAGAUCAAAGUCCAGUAGUGUCGAAACCAAAACAGAGCAGUCAGGACAAUGAGUUGAAAAGUCAGGAGAACGAGAAGACCAGAUCUCCAGUGGAAAAAGAAAACCAAAAAUCAAAGGGUCAAGAAAAUGACCAUGUACAUGACAAAAAUAAAAAGUGUGAUCAUGAGUCAAGCCCCGGAACAGAUGAAGACAAAAGUGGAUGAAUGAGUUGUGUACACUUAUUUCCUCCCUAUCUCAAAUUUUAAGUUUUCAAGACUUAACUGUUAUAUCUUUUUUGUUGUUGUUGUUCUCAUUGUUUUGGGGUUGUUUUUAUGUUUGUCUCCCCCCCCCCUUUUUUUUAAAUGUGGACUUCAUUGAGUUGAUGAUCUUUUGAUAAUCUGCUACCUGGAUAAUUUGUACUGCAAAGUUUUAAUAAACUUGAAAUGAAAACAAACCACUUUGGUGUAAUAUUGUGUACUAUGUUAAACUAUUUUAUGUAUUCAUUUUUGUGUUGCAACAAUUAGUCAAUAGCAGCUUACUUUGCUUAAUCAGCCAUUUGGAAACAAGCUUAUCUGUUGGUUGCAGUACAUUGUUAGACAAGUUUGCUUUUUAAUAAAAAUCCCUUGAGAAACCACUAGAAGAAGUUUUGUAUAGUUUUUGUUUUGCAUUUAUAAUAGGCUUACAGCAAUUUCUUUCAAUUACACAGAAGCAGGAUCUUUAUGGGAUUGUAAAUCAUCACUUGAUUUUACAGUUAUUUGUACUUACUUUCUUUGUGCUUUAUACCUUAUACUUUACAGUUCUAGCUGUAGUGUGUUCCUUAGUACUGUCCAUGUCUCUGAGCUAUCAACACGAGAUGAAUGCUGUUUUCAGUUUGGGUGCUGGUUGAGCUUGAGUUGCUGUUAUACAGCAUUUGACAGAAAUUAUACCUUGGAAGAUCAGGCUAUGUUUUCAAUUCUUGUUGCUCUUGGUGUGAUGAACUGAAAUUGUUGCUUUUUAAGAACAGGUUAUUACCUUUUUCUAACAAUUUAAAAAAUACAUUUCUCAUUAAAACAUACUACUUGUGUAGGUACUUAAGCUAGACUGAUUCUAAAAAGCGUUAGUAUUGGAAAUAAGAUUUCACUAUUUUGGCUACUAGCCUAUAUCACAUUGAGUGUUAAUUCUGCAUGGUUUGGGUUUUCUUAAACUUGAACUAACUUCUCUAAUUCUCAUAGCUGUGACUAUGAAAUGUCAAGAAGAUGCAUCUUUCUGUGUAUGUACCACGAUCGGCUGCAGCAUGUUUGUGACUCUGGUUUCUUUCUGUUCUGAUGGCUUUAGACCACUUUACUGUUAACUUUAAUUUUAACUUGGCAUGUAUAACAUUGCCAUAUAGAGUAGAGUAGAAAGUUGCAAAAUAUGAUACCUUACAGAGAUAAACACUAAACAUAUCCAAAGUCCAGAAUUUUGUGUGUUGUAUUUUGCUAUUUUUUGUGAUGUGUGGCCUUUUAUUCUGUAAUAUUCUUCUAAAUAAAACAUUGAACAUCCGGCAAACACAAAACCUGCCUCAUUUGAAAAAUAUUUCAAAACUCCAAUUAAUAGUAGUCUUUAGAAAGUUUCGUACCUUAAUAUUUGUCAGUAUAGUGUCAGCUCUUACCAAGGUAGCUUCUUGGUAAACCCAGUAGCUACUCAAUGCUGUUUGUACUGAAUAAAGCGAUGCCUAAUAUACUUCCCAUUGUUAUUCCAGUAAGAUACUGGCAGUGUAGCUGGUAUAGAAUGAAGGGUGCGAUGAUUUUGAAGCUCUUUGGAAUAUUCUGAAACAAAUACCCAUGGUGGCAUCUUUACAAAUUGUUUCUCCUGAUGGGAAGAAUUAGUAUAUAUAUAUAUGUAUGUUACAUGUCUGAAAAUGAGUUGAUUAUGUCUUAAAUUCAGUUGUGUUUUAAAAUACAUCCCAAACUAUCUAAUCUUUAAGAAGAGAAUUUCUCCUAACAUUUUAAAAUGCAUACUAAGUAAAAAUACUUUUUUUUCCUGAUCCUAGAGCUUUUGUCUGUUUUAUAUAUAUAUAUGUAUAUAUGUGCAUGUAUGUAUGUAUAUAUAUGUAUACAUACAUACAUACAAGGACUUUCCAGUUCUUUAAAAACAAAACAAAGACAUGGGAGAAAAUUAGUAAUGUCUGUAACAUGCUGUUUGGGUUAUCAAAAGAAUUGCUCCGAAAGAAUGAGAGAGAACAAGGAGCAAAAGAAAAAAAAGAAUGGCUCCGUGUGGAGCAUUUAUUUAUGGGUUCCCCCACCCUUGCUUUGUUAGGUUUUUUUUUUU